AUGUCAAGAAGCAGCAGCGAGGAGACUCAAGGGCCCGGCCUUGAUGAACUGGUUUCGUCCGGUUACGGAAUAGAUGCCACCACCAAAUUGACCCCCGAGGAGAAUGUCAUUGCAAUGCAAGUUCGGAAAAAGGUCGAUUACCGUAUCUUGCCCAUAACCCUCGUCGUAUACCUGUUGGAUUUUGUCGAUCGUAGCAACUAUUCGACAGCAAGGUUGCAAGGCCUUGAAGCUGACCUAGGCCUCACAGAAUCCGAAUAUCAGGCAGGACUUUCGUUGUUUUUUGUAGGAUAUCUGCUGGGCCAGGUCCCUGCAAAUCUUCUUCUCAAUCAAUUCGCUCGCCCUUCGUAUCAUCUUGCAUUUUUCACAUGCAUUUGGGGUAUUAUCUCGACGUGUACGGGCUUGUCUCAGGGGUUUCGAACUCUGGCUAUGUGUCGAUUUCUUCUAGGUUUCGCUGAGGCACCAUUCUUCCCGGGAGUCGUCUUUUGUCUCUCCAAGUGGUACACGAAACAAGAACUGGCUUUUAGAGUAGCCAUAUUUUCAUCGGGGAAUCUCAUUUCUGGUGCCUUCGCCUCGCUCAUCGCCGCUGGUAUCUUAGAGGGGAUUGGCCAUGCUCGAGGGCUCGCUCCCUGGCAGUGGCUCUACCUUGUGACAGGGCCAGUGACAAUACUCGUAGGGCUCUUCGUAUGGAUUAUCUUGCCUGAUUUCCCCGAGAACUGGAAAGGGUUAUCUCCCGAAGAACGCAGGGUGGCCAUCCUCCGAGUGGCUAUCGAUGGAUCCCAGGCAGACAUCGACGAACCAGGCAUGACACAGUUCAAGGGCCUCCUAAUGGCCCUCACUGACGUGAAUACAUAUGUUCUCGGUCUUGCGUACAUGUGUAUAAUCGGCAGUGUCGGCUUUGGGCUGUUUCUUCCGUCGCUCACGGCAUCGUUGGGAUACAGCCACACAGUCUCGCUGCUCCUAUGCACUCCUCCAUACAUCUUUAUGACAAUAUGGCUGAUUGUUCAUUCUUGGCUGUCGGAUAAAUGGAACAGUCGAUUUUGGUUUUACAUGUAUCCGCUCCCGAUAUCGAUAGUCGGCUUCGUCGUCUUCAUGGCGGUGGAUCCGGCUAUGUUUACUGCUCGGUAUGUCAGCUUAUUUCUCAUGCCCUUCGUCUCAGCUAGUGCCGUCAGUGCAUUUUCAUGGGUCUCUUCGUCAAUCUCUCGGCCUCCAGCAAAGCGAGCGGCUGCAUUUGCCAUCAUCAACUGUUUUGCCACCAGUGCCAGCAUCUGGGUUCCCUUUGUCUACAUCGCCCCCCGGUACACAAUGGCCAUGAUCAUCAACAUAGUUCUCUGCGUUUGUGCCGGGAUACUCGGCGUUGUCCAUUUGUAUGUUCUUGUGUGGCGCAACAGAAAGCUUGCUCGGAUCGAGGAGGGCUCGGCCAGCAUUCCAGCUAGCCCGGGGCGAGAUGAUGUUCGAAUGGAGGGGUCUGAUGCCAAGGACGUAGAGAAAGUAUCAAGAUUAGGUCUCAAUCGAGGGUUCCGGUAUAUGCUUUAG